AUGGAUCCUGACUUUGAGAUAUUUGACUCUUCGUCAUCCGAGGAGGAGGAGGAGGAGAUAAUUUUAGCUCUUGAUAUUGAAGAAGAACGCUUGGGUAAUGAAAGAGUCUCAACAUCGCAUCGUAGGUCUAUUCCCCAACGUGCAUUCAAUCGAAGAAAUUCGCUUGAAGGCCAUGAACGCCUCUUUCAAGAUUAUUUUUCUAAGUCCCCGACGUAUCCACCGAAUUUAUUCCGCAGUAGGUUUCGAAUGCAACGUCAUCUUUUCUUGCAUAUUCAAGCCGAAGUCGAAGCAUAUGAACCAUAUUUCGUCCAAAGAAGAGAUGCUGCUAAAAGACUGGGUCAAAAAAUAACUGCUGCAAUGAGAAUAUUAGCCUAUGGAGUCUCUGGAGAUUUUGUAGAUGAACACUUGCGGAUUGCAGAGAAUACAGCAGCCAAGUGUUUGAAAAAAUUCGUUAAGGCUAUCAUUGGCAUAUUCUCCCAUGAAUACUUAAGAUCCCCAAAUGAGAACGAUAUAGCUAGAUUGUGCGCAGUUGGAGAUAGUCGCGGGUUUCCUGGGAUGUUAGGAAGUAUUGAUUGCAUGCAUUGGAAAUGGAAAAAUUGUCCAAGUGCUUGGAAAGGAAUCUCCCAUAAUGAUAUUAAUGUCCUAGAACACUCUUCUGUUUUUAAAGAGCUUGCUGAAGGACAUGCUCCAAAGGUCAACUACUCAAUAAAUGGAAAUGACUAUUCGAUGAGCUACUAUCUUGCCGAUGGUAUAUAUCCUUCAUGGUUGACGUUUGUCAAAACAAUUCAUGCUCCACAUGGCUGUAAAAAUAAACAUUUUGCAGCAACUCAAGAAUCAGCAAGAAAAGAUGUAGAACGAGCUUUUGGAGUGCUUCAAGCUCGAUUUGCUAUUGUACGUGGACCGGCACGAUUUUAUGAUCGAAAAACACUUAAGGAGAUUAUGAUGGCAUGCAUUAUUUUGCAUAAUAUGAUCGUAGAAGACGAGCGACAUACUUAUCUUCGAGUCGAAGACUUUGUUUAUGAACAAAGCGAUGAAAUAACUGAAGAGCCUAUGUCCCAUGAGCAUACAAAUGAAUUUGUAAACUUCAUUCAACGCCAUCAUCACAUUCGAGAUCGAGGAAUUCAUUUUCAACUUCAGUCGGAUCUUAUUGAACAUUUAUGA